UUUGUAUUUAUGUACAGUUAGUUCAAGUAUCUUCGUCGUUGUAGACGCGAGGCGGCGCCAGAAACAGAAAAUCCUGGUCCUUCGAGCCGUAUUUUUACGUUGUUUAUGUCGAAAAUGUACCAGAAAACCGAAAGGUUUCGGCAACUGGUGAUUUUCGUGUGUUUCCUAGUGACUUUCGGCCGCGGUCAGCUGAUUAUUAACGUUAAAAAUCAGGGUGGUGAUGUUGUACAAGAGACGAUCUACGCAAACGCCAGCGACGACACGAUAACGUUAGAAUUUCAACGGUCGGACGGUACGCUGGUGACGCAACUGAUAGAUUUCCGAAACGAAGUUCAAAUAAUUAAGACACUGAUACUGGGCGAAGAAGAACGAGGACAGAGCCAAUACCAAGUCAUGUGCUUUGUCGUCCAUUUCGUCAAAGACUCCUUCAUCUCGUCGGACGCAAUGUCAAAGUUACGUCAAAAAAAUCCGAGCAGCGUGCGGACACCCGAAGACGAUCUCGGAAGGGUAAAUCACACCAUGGAUUAUAAUGUAGUACUCAAACAUUCCUCAAUAAUCAGUCCGUUUAUCAACGAUUUGUGCGCAGAAGCAGCUCAGUCAACCUACACCCGUUACGACGACAUAUUAAAAUGGUCAAACAUCCGCAAUCGUCCAACAAAAUCAUUUCAAGCAACGCUAAAGCCUUUUCCAACCACUAGCAAUAUCGACAGUUGUACCAACACGAAAAACAUGUGGCAACCGUGCUGGUGUCACUUGGAACAGUGUAUAGGUUGGUACCCGUGCGAACUCAAAUAUUGUAAAGGUAGAGGGCAGCAGACGUCGAGCUACCGGUGCGGCAUAAAAACUUGCAAAGUUUGUCAUUUAUUUUUGUAUUUUGUUGCGCAGAAGCAACAAUGUUUGUGGGACGAAUGACCGUCGGAUUUCGUUGAAUCUUGAGAUUGAGAAAUCUUAGCCUUUAAAUGUCUCUUUGGACCAAGACUUUUUCUAAAACUAUAGUUGGCUCAUUUGAAAUUAAAUGGAAUAGAGAGCAAUAUUUGCACUAUGUGUGUAUAUUUAGAUUUUAGUUUAUAAAUGUGGCUGUGAAAAUUUGAUAUGAAAAUGCUUCUAGAAUGAUUUUUGUGAGGGUAAAAUGUAAAUAGAUUUAUUACUUGAUAGACUUUUAAACAUUCUCCUUAUUAUACACGUCAGCAACUAGAAAAAGCUUUUUCCGCUAUGUUAUAGUAGUUGACAAUAAAUUCCAAUUAUAGUAGGAUUAUAAGUUGUUCUUUUUUCCACACACACGUCAUUUAGCAUAAUUUUUUGCGACUGUCAAUCACAAUAAUAAUUGUUUAGCAUGAUAUUGUAUAUAUUUGUAAAUAAAUUAUUUUUUAUUAUAA